UCCCAAUUCCCCAAAUUCACCCGACCGUCCUACUAGUCCAAAGCUUGAUUUAUUUAGGUCCGGCGCUAUGCACACUGCUGUCUCUGAUUCCGGCCAGGCUCCUGAUACUCGUGGUCUGUCCACCCUGUUUGGGGGCCUGAACAUCCAGGGUCAGCGUCCAGGAGCCAAGUACAAUGGUAUCAAGAGCAACAUGCCGGUAGCUGUGCCUCCUUACAACCAGCUUGUUCUUCUGCCCAACGGAACCAUCUUCGGCGGUCUUCCUUACGAUCAGAACCCGUAUCUACCCGCGACUGGCAUCUAUCCAGGCCUGGCCUCUCCAUGCCCGGUGGUUCCAAACCCCGCCGGGGACUUCUAUCAUGGUCCGACCCCGAACAUGGAGGCCCCUGCACUGCCCAACUAUGGCUUCAAUGGCUAUCCCCAGCCAGGACCAGCAUGUCUACCUUUCCAGAUGAUGAAGACGCCCACUGGAUAUAUUCUGCAGGACCUGGAAAGCUUGACUCAACAAGAUCCACCAAUCCCACGGGCCGUGCCUGCCAUGUGGACUAAUCCUUCUGAACUGACGCUUGCCAAAUGUCUUGAGAACCGAGAGGGCAUCACCAAUGUCUACAUUCGGGGCUUCCUUCCAGAGACUACAGAUGAGAUGCUGCACGCCUAUGCCUCCCGCUUCGGAAAGAUCGAUAGAUGCAAAGCAAUUGUGGACUUGGACACGGGCCUUUGCAAAGGGUUUGGGUUUGUUCAGUACUACAAUUUCGAAUCCUGCGAAAACUGCAUUCGGGGGUUCUUCUAUCUUGGCUAUCAAGCUAGCUUCGCCCAGAAAUCCCGCAACUCCCGUCUCAAAGAUCUCGAAGACAAGACAUCCACCAACAUUUAUUGCACCAACAUUCCAAUCGAAUGGACAGAGGCUGAUCUCCGUCAUCACUUUGAGCCGUACCGUGUAAUAUCCGAGAAGAUCAGCCGCGACGAAAAGACUGGAGUGAGCAAAGAGGUUGGAUUUGCACGCUUUGAAACCCGUGAGAUCGCGGAGCAUGUGCUGUCUGAAUAUCAUAAUAUGGUCGCCAAAGAUGGCGUGAAGUUGCUCCUUCGCUUCGCAGAUACUAAAGCCCAGAAACUUCUCAAGCAGCAAAGCAACGAGCGUCGCGCUUAUCGUGCGGGCGAAUACAACUAUUCGGUCGAGGUAGUCCAGGGUUCCACUCCAUCGCCCUCUAUUAACCGUCUUCAGCAGACUGCAUCUCAUCUCAGCCCCAACUCGCAGGCUAGCUAUGUUUCUCCUGUUGGAGUGGGAGCAGCUUGGACUCCGGCGACAUCCAUCUCCCCAUCGUUUCCCCUGGCGAAGAACCAGGCCAGCAACAUGAGGUACAACUCGUGGUCUUCCAGGAACGGAGCAGGAGGACUGGAAAACACUCCCCUGUACCGUGGACGACGUGGAGUUUGGGCUGAAGAUACCUCCGGCUCUUCUUCCAAAGCUGCUUUUCCCACCACCCCCUGCAUUGAAACUCGCUCCGAACGAUCCAGUCCUCGGAAGGAGAUCAAGGCAGGAUCCAUGUCGCCGAUCUCCUCUCGCAAGGAGGUCAUUGUGACUUCGCCCCGGUCGGUCAUCUGAGACGUGACACUUGAAGUGCAGUGCCGCCUUCCUCUGAUGUACCAAGUCUUCCUGCUUUUCCUUGUAUCCUUUCUUGUUCUCGCGUCA